AUGGCGGAGAAGGCGCUGGAGGCCGUGGGCUGUGGACUAGGACCUGGGGCUGUGGCCAUGGCCGUGGCUCUGGAGGAUGGGGCGGAGCCCCCUAUGCUGACCACACACCUGAAGAAGGUGGAGAACCACAUCACCGAAGCCCAGCGCUUCUCCCACCUACCCAAGCGCUCAGCCGUGGAUAUCGAGUUUGUGGAGCUGUCCUAUUCCGUGAGGGAGGGACCCUGCUGGCGCAAACGGGGUUAUAAGACUCUCCUUAAGUGCCUAUCAGGUAAAUUCUGCCGCCGGGAGCUGAUUGGCAUCAUGGGCCCCUCAGGGGCUGGCAAGUCCACGUUCAUGAACAUCUUGGCAGGAUACAGGGAGUCUGGAAUGAAGGGGCAGAUCCUGGUCAACGGGAGGCCGAGGGAACUGAGGACCUUCCGAAAGAUGUCCUGUUACAUCAUGCAGGACGACAUGCUGCUGCCGCACCUCACAGUGUUGGAGGCCAUGAUGGUCUCUGCUAACCUGAAGCUAAGUGAGAAGCAGGAGGUGAAGAAGGAGCUGGUGACAGAGAUCCUGACAGCACUGGGCCUGAUGUCCUGCUCCCACACGAGGACAGCCCUACUCUCCGGAGGGCAGAGGAAGCGCCUGGCCAUCGCCCUGGAGCUGGUCAACAACCCACCUGUCAUGUUCUUUGAUGAGCCCACCAGUGGUCUGGACAGCGCUUCCUGUUUCCAAGUGGUGUCCCUCAUGAAGUCUCUGGCCCAGGGCGGCCGUACUAUCAUCUGCACCAUCCACCAGCCCAGUGCCAAGCUCUUUGAGAUGUUUGACAAGCUCUACAUCCUGAGCCAGGGUCAGUGCAUCUUCAAGGGCGUGGUCACCAACCUGAUCCCCUAUCUGAAGGGGCUCGGCCUGCACUGCCCCACCUACCACAACCCAGCUGACUUCAUCAUCGAGGUGGCCUCUGGCGAGUACGGAGACCUGAAUCCCCUGCUGUUCAGGGCUGUGCAGAAUGGGCUCUGUGCCAUGGCAGAGAAGAAGAGCAGCCCUGAGAAGAAUGAGGUCCCUGCCCCCUGUCCCCCUUGCCCUCCGGAAGUGGAUCCCAUUGAAAGCCACACGUUUGCCACCAGCACCCUCACACAGUUCUGCAUCCUCUUCAAGAGGACCUUCCUGUCCAUCCUCAGGGACACGGUCCUGACCCACCUGCGGUUUAUGUCCCAUGUGGUGAUCGGCGUGCUUAUUGGUCUCCUCUACCUGCACAUCGGUGACGAUGCCAGCAAGGUCUUCAACAACACGGGCUGCCUCUUCUUCUCCAUGCUCUUCCUCAUGUUUGCCGCCCUGAUGCCAACUGUGCUCACCUUCCCCUUAGAGAUGGCCGUCUUCAUGAGGGAGCAUCUCAACUACUGGUACAGCCUCAAAGCGUAUUACCUGGCCAAGACCAUGGCCGAUGUGCCCUUCCAGGUGGUGUGCCCGGUGGUGUACUGCAGCAUCGUGUACUGGAUGACAGGCCAGCCAGCUGAGACCAGCCGCUUCCUGCUCUUCUCAGCCCUGGCCACCGCCACGGCCUUGGUGGCCCAGUCUUUGGGGCUGCUGAUCGGAGCUGCCUCCAACUCCCUACAGGUGGCCACAUUUGUGGGCCCAGUUACCGCCAUCCCUGUCCUCUUGUUCUCCGGUUUCUUUGUCAGCUUCAAAACCAUCCCCACUUACCUGCAAUGGAGCUCCUACCUCUCCUAUGUCAGGUAUGGCUUUGAGGGUGUGAUUCUGACCAUCUAUGGCAUGGAGCGAGGAGACCUGACCUGCUUGGAGGAACGCUGCCCUUUCCAGGAACCACAGAGCAUCCUCCGAGCGCUGGAUGUGGAGGAUGCCAAGCUCUACAUGGACUUCCUGGUCUUGGGCAUCUUUUUUCUGGCCCUGCGGCUGCUGGCAUACCUUGUGCUCCGUUACCGGGUCAAGUCAGAGAGAUAGAGCUUUGC